AGACGGGAAAUACAGCCACUGCUAUUACUUAGUCGGGUAGGUGGGCUGGAUGCCCUCUCGGUGGCACCGAUGCUAGUAUUCAGCAUAUGCUACCACUACUAUCAUCAUACUAGAUAUGUAUGAUGUUGUCAAAACAUCUCCCCGCGCCAAUAAUGGAAGGUGCUACAUGGACCUUCAGUUAUACUUACUUACUACUUUUUAUUGUCUGGACCACUGUUGGUAAUGAUGGUGCUUCUAGCCAACAGCAUCUAUUCUUGACUCGCAGAAGGGUAGCAUCUGUCUUCGAAGGCCCCUUACUUGGAUGUGUCCUUAGCCUGUGAUCAGAUGAAGAAAUGACUAUCCGUUUCUUCCCUAAUCUCUUAACCUCCGGAGCCUUUUCCUUAGUCUGCGAUGGAGGCAACUUUUCCUCGAUGCACAUACCUCCAUUUGGGUGUCAGAGACUCAAAUUGUCCCGUGGGGCGGCAAGGUCAGCAGGGUCCAAACUUCAAGGGCGAACGGAUAUCGAAAGUUAUCAAACCUCAUAUUGUUUCUGGAGCUGAUUGAGAAGGAGGAGGAGGAGCAGCAGCAGCAGGCCAGGCCGAGUCGGUCGCCGCCUCUCGUACCCCCAAGCGCUUUAAACAAGCAACUAUAGGGUGCAAGUCAAGUAACUCUCAAGCCGUCUGGCGGUCAUUGCUCUGCCGAGCAUGUCCAUCAUUGGUAUCUCAGAAAGCAGGGUAAUCAUCUGCAGCGCUACUAUUACCUGGCGACCACUCGGGUGUGU